GACCCAUCUAGCUUUCAUCACCAUAAUAUGGCUUCUAGUAUUCUGCUUGUGUUCUUCUUAGGACUGGUGCUUCUCAUCAGUCCACUCACUGCGGAUUUCCAUCAUGAGCCUUUCCCUCAACACAAACCACCUAAGCCUGUUGGUGAACCUCCACAGGGAAAGCCAUUUCCAGGUGACAAACCACCUAAACCAAUAGAUGAACCUCCAAAAGGAGAGAAGCCACUUCCGGAAGAUAGGCCAAUGCCCGAACCAAAACCCAAAGGUGAGAAACCACCUCUAGAGAAUGAGCCACCACACGACCCUGAUCACCCCGGACACCGUUUAGAAGAGGAGAGGCCAUUUCCUGAACCAAAACCAAAAGGCGAGAAACCACCUCCAGAGAAUGAGCCACCACACAACCCUGAUCACCCCGGACACCGUUUAGAAGAGGAGAGGCCAUUCCCCAAACCGAAACCAAAAGGCGAGAAACCACCUCCAGAGAAUGAGCCACCACACGACCCUGAUCACCCUGGACACCGUUUAGAAGAGGAGAGGCCAUUCCCCGAGCCAAAACCAAAGGAUGAGAAACCACCUCCAGAGAAUGAGCCACCACACGACCCUGAUCACCCCGGACACCGUUUAGAAGAGGAGAGGCCAUUCCUCGAGCCAAAACCAAAGGGCGAGAAACCACCUCCAGAGAAUGAGCCACCACACAACUCUAAUCACCCUGGACACCGUUUAGAAGAGGAGAGGCCAUUCCCCGAGCCAAAACCAAAAAUUGAGAGAGAGAAGCCGCCACAGGAUCCUCAUCACAAGCACCCUCCUACUUGGGAAAAUGCUAAAAAGUUGCCAAGAAAAAUGAAGCCCGAAUUGCCUCGUAGGCCUCCCCAUAAACCUCCAAUGAACUGAGCAUAUAGAAGAUUAGUACCAUGUAAUAUUUUAAGACUAGAAUAAUGGCAUGUUGUGUUUAUCAUGCUUUGCUUACAAUUUCUAGUUAUAUGUAUGUUACUCUCUACUGUGAUUCGCUGUGGUUUUGUAGUCCAUGUGAUUGGAAAGGCACUUGUUAUCGGCGCUUGUUAUGUAUUAUAUUCAGUGGUGCUCUAUUUUAUUA